ACCCGUCCAAUUCGCAUUCGACCGACGUCUUGGUUUAAAGAAUCACGGGGACGAGACUUUUGACGAUGACUUGAUUUCUGCCGACUGACUAGACUAGAGCCGCGGUUACCAGCAAAACUGCGUGCAUUACAUAGUAAAGCGAGAUAAGUGCGAGUGAUCUGCUCCAAUUCGUCAUUGUGCAUCAAGAGUUUGUUUGUUAAAUCUCGGGUGAUAAAACAUAAUACUGAAAGAAAGAUAAAAACGGAGAUCUUUCUAGAUUUCCUAGAUUAAUUAGCAGUUUAUAACUACUAUCAAGUCUACUUGAUCACAACCGUGUCAUAUCUGAAUGACUCACGAUUUUAUUGAACUUUCCAACCCAAAAUGAAGCGACAACAGUUUCAAGAACAACAGAAGCAUCAACAGCAACAACAACAACAAGCUGUUAUGCAGGAACAACAGCAACAGUACAUUCAACAACGGACAGAAAGACAAAUAACGCGGCAACAGAUCACCAGUCAGCAGAGAGUUCAAGGGGAGAUUGUUAUGCAAACGACACCAACGGUACCAGUAUUUACGGGCAAGCCCGGGGAUCCCUCACCACCGAUUUUCGAACGAAUCUUUAAAAAUGCAAGAUUCGCGCAGGGCGGCAAUGCGAUUUUUGAAGGUUGCGUCCGAGGUAAUCCAAGACCAACUGUCUCCUGGAUACAUAAAGGAGUAUCGUUGCUAGAAUCGCGGAAGAUUCGGAUGUCUUAUGACGAAAACACUGGAAUUGUCACACUUCAAAUUAAUCAGAUUGGUCCUGGGGACGAGGGCGAAUACACGUGCAGUGCAAAAAACCAAUAUGGCGAAGCUAUUUGCUCAGUUUACAUACAGCCAGAAGGAUUUGAUCUUCCGACAAAACAGCUGACGGAUAAUUACAAGAAAGAAUUUACGCAAAGCUUCCAAUCGAGCGAACAGAAAAUGCAAACUGGAAGUCAAGUCUUCCAACGCAGUUAUCAGCAAACGAUAGAUAAACAAAGUUACGUUAAUGGUACAAUUACGAGCAUUCAAGAUUUUAAGGUUGAUACUUUCGAAUAUAGAUUGUUGCGUGAAUCGGAGUUUCGUGAUUCGAUUACUCGUCGUUUCGCGGGUGAAUCUGAUUUGCAAGUUUCUACGAUAAUUGAUCGUACCUUGGGACCGAUUGCACCUCCACAAAUCACUCAAAAACCCAGAAAUUCAAAACUCGUUGAAGGAUCGGACGCUAUCUUUACUGCAAAGAUAACUGGCAAUCCUAAACCAAGAUUAACAUGGUUUAAAAAUGGACAGAGAAUUCGAGAUUCUCAACGUGUGGAGACAAGUUAUUCAAAUCAGCAGGCUACUUUACGAAUCCGAGUCGCCCUGCCGGAAGAUAGUGGUCAUUAUACAUUGUUGUCUGAGAAUCCUCAAGGUUGUACUGUCAGUUCCGCUUAUUUGGCAAUUGAAUCCAGCGAUCAAGUAGAUCAAGUUCCAUAUCAAACCACACACCAAAGAGAUUUUAUUAAGACUCAACAAGCAGAGUCGGUUACCGAAUCUACUGACUCUAGUAAAGUUCUGCCGCCAAAUUUUGUUCGUACCAUUACAGAUAAGGAAGCUACCGAAGGCAAAAUGACGCGAUUCGACUGUCGCGUAACUGGUCGUCCCUACCCCGAAGUUACUUGGUACAUAAACGGCCAACAAGUUGCCAAUGAUAUGACUCACAAAAUUCUUGUAAAUGAAUCUGGUAACAAUUCGUUGAUGAUCACGAACGUGAGUCGUGUCGACGCUGGCAUAGUAACGUGCGUUGCUCGGAAUAAAGCUGGCGAAACUUCUUGUCAGUGCAACUUGAACGUUAUUGAAAAGGAACAGGUAAUUGCACCGAAAUUUGUUGAACGCUUCGUUACAACAAGCGUGAAAGAAGGCGAACCCGUAGUCUUUAUGGCACGCGCAGUCGGCACGCCGAUUCCACGUAUCACGUGGCAAAAGGAUGGUGUACCGAUAACGCCCAGUUCUGAAAUACGUAUAUCAAGCGAUGAUAGCGGAGCUUCGACUUUAGACAUCCCAUGUGCCAAAUUCUCAGAUGCAGCCUGGUACCAAUGCACAGCUCAAAAUAUAGCCGGUUCUACUGCAACUCGAGCACGGCUUUUCGUUGAGACACCGAAAGGAACAACCCCGGAACCAAGACGCCUGAAUUUACCCCGACCAACGAAAGUUAUCGAACCAGAACCAGCGCCUGGUCCCGAAGUGAUUUAUUUGAGACACGUGGAACGCGCGAAACCUUACUUGCCCCCUCCUGAAGAAGACAAAAUUUACCCGCCGCCACGUUUCAUCAUACCAUUAAAGGACGUUCAUCAAAUCGAAGGUGGACGAAUUCACUUCGAGGCCAGAAUCGAACCGGUGGGCGAUCCCACCAUGAGGGUAGAAUGGUAUGUCAACGGUAGAGCACUCGACGCGAGUUCCCGAGCGACUUCUGUCUUUCGCUUUGGUUUUAUUUCACUCGAUCUCAUUAGCAUUGUUUUGCAAGAUAGCGGGGAAUAUUUGUGCCGCGUCGUAAGCUCGACCGGAGUUGCCGAAUCUCGAGCCACCCUCAGCGUGACCGCACGCGCUACGAUUGAACAAGCGAGCCAACAUCCCGACAGCCUUCAAUAUAUCCAGCAGCUCGAGGAUUACAGUAGGUAUCAAAGACAGGAGAGUGUAGAGGAGACUUCUUCACAGAGGCCAGUUUUCAUUCGUCCGCUUCAGGAUCUUGGUGAACUACAGGAAGGUCGUAACGCUCAUUUUGAGGCACAAUUGACACCUGUUAGCGAUCCUACCAUGAAAGUGGAGUGGUAUAAAGAUGGAAAACCAAUUACAGCCAGCUCAAGAAUUACUAGCAUCUUCAACUUCGGAUACGUCUCACUUAAUAUAAUGCACCUACGGGCUGAAGAUGCAGGUUCUUAUACCGUUAGAGCUGUAAAUCGUUUGGGAGAAGCCGUCAGCACUGCAACUCUUCGUGUCUUUGCGCGUACAAGCGUAACAACAGACUUGGGUAUCCCCGAACAAUCGAGAUACAUUGAGGCCGCCGAGGAAUUGGAAGCCUAUCAACAGGCGAUGCACCAGAAAUACGUGCAGGAGCAGCCUGAACCGAGUAGCCCGCCGGAAUUUAAAUCGCCUAUUAAAGAUCAGAGCGGCAUACGAGAAGGCGGAUUUGCUCAUUUUGAGGCACGUCUCGAGCCAAUCAAUGAUGCUGAUCUCCGUGUCGAAUGGCUGAAAGACGGACGAUCUGUAGAAGCUAGUUCUCGGAUUACAACCUUCUUCAAUUUCGGUUACGUGGCGUUGACCAUCAAAUAUGUAACGAUACAUGACGUCGGCGUAUAUACUUGCCGAGCCUACAACAGAGCCGGCGAAGCUCACACUACAGCUCAAUUAAGUGUAAUCAGUAAGAAUGAUGUUAUUUAUGAUAGCCAGCACCCUACUGGUCUCCAGAAAAUUCAGUCUCUUGAAGAUUCGAGUAGAUAUGCGCGACAGGUUCAGGAGGAAACGCAAAUUACACAGACACCUCGAUUUUUGGGUAAUCUUAAAGGUACCAAUAAGAUUGUAGAAGGUCAACGAGCGCAUUUUGAAGCACGCGUCGAACCACAAAGUGAUCUUACUAUGAAAAUCGAGUGGUAUCACAAUGGCAAACCCAUUACUGCUGCUAAUAGAAUCCAGACGUAUCACGAUUUCGGAUACGUUUCCAUUGAUAUUCUUCAGGUUCGUUCUGAGGAUACUGGCACAUACACCGUUGUGGCUAGAAAUGCCCGCGGAGAAGCUCGUUUAUCCGCCACUAUGACCGUAGAGACACGUUCUAGUAUAGAUACUAGUAGCAUGCACCGUGGCACUUAUGAAAAGACUCAACGUUUAGAAGAAUCCAAGUUUGUCGAGCCACAGUACCACAUCGAAGAAAUUUCUAAAUCAAAACCGAUUUUCAUUCAACCAUUGAGUGAUCCUAAACCAGUUAGCGAAGGCAAAAAUAUUCAUUUGGAAUGUCGUUUGGAGCCGAUGGGCGAUCCAACGAUGAGAGUUGAGUGGUUCCAAAACGGACGUCCGGUUACUGUCGGUUCUAGAUUUAGGACUUACUAUGAUUUCGGAUUCGUUGCACUUGAUAUAGUGCACGCUACCAUUUACGAUUCUGGCGAAUAUACGGUCAGAGCCACUAAUCAUUUAGGUACCGCGCAUACUUCUGCUUGCGUUAGAGUUAUCGGUAGAUCUGACAUCCUUACCGAAACGCAAAAUGAACAAUCACUUGAACAAAUACAAAUGUUGGAGGACACAUCAAGAUAUCGCAAAACUCAGCAAGAGGAAGUCACUGUAAUGCAAGCACCUCAAUUCACUCGACCUCUGCACAAUAUUGAGACAGUAGAACUGACCAAUGUUCAUCUUGAAUGCCGUCUUCAGCCAGUUGGUGACGUGACCAUGAAAGUCGAUUGGUUUGUUAACGGUCGACCAGUCAAGACUGGUCAUCGAUUUAGGCCAUCUUAUGAAUUUGAUUACGUAGCUCUAGAUAUUCUCGGUGUAUAUCCUGAAGAUUCUGGUGUUUACACCUGUCAGGCUAGAAAUCAGCUCGGUGAAGCAGUUACUUCAUGCUCCGUAAGAGUACAUGCCAAAAAGGAUUUACUUCUUGAAUCUCAACAUCCCGAAGGAUUGGAAAGAAUACAAUACUUGGAGGAUGCUUCACGAUACAAAAGACAUGAAUUAAUCGAUGAAGUUGUCAAUGUAAAGCCAAAAUUUAUUACUAAACCGAAAAAUCAAGAGAAUCUUCGAGAAGGACAACAUGCUCAUUUUGAGUGUAAACUGGAGCCGGUAACAGAUCCCAAUUUGAAAGUCGAGUGGUUUAAGAAUGGUCGUCCAGUGACAAUAGGACACCGCUUCCGUCCAAUUCACGAUUUUGGUUAUGUUGCAUUGGAUGUAAUUGAUUUGAUUGCCGAAGACUCUGGAACAUAUACCUGUCGUGCUGUUAAUCUAAUAGGCAGUGAUGAAGUACUCUGCACUUUAACAUGUCGCUCGAGUGCGCAGAUAUUAACGGACACGCAAAAUGAACUUGGAUUCGAACAGAUUCACUAUCUCGAAGAUAAGUCCAAAUAUCAUAGACAAGAAGUAAUUGAAGAAACUACCACUCAAGCGCCUAUUUUUACAACUUCAUUAAAUAACGUCGAAAUCAAAGAGGGUCAACGAGCACACUUUGAAUGUAGACUAAUUCCAGUGUCUGACGCAACGAUGAAAAUCGAGUGGUUUCAUAAUAAUAAACCCGUGAAAGCCGGCUCGAGGUUUAUCGAAACAAAUAGUUUUGGUUUCGUCGCUCUCGAUAUCAUGUACGCAUACCCCGAAGACUCUGGGACAUACACUUGUAGAGCUAAAAAUAUUAUUGGUGAAGCUAUUACUUCCGCAACCGCUAUUGUUCAUUCUAAAAAGUCUAUUUACACGGAGACUCAGAGCGAGGAAACUCUUCAACGUCUUCGUUCAUUGGAGGAUACGUCUCGUUAUCAACGUAAAACCGCAACCGAGGAAAUUAUUACGCAAGCGCCUGUCUUUACGAUGCCGAUAAAGGAUCUUCGUGUUGCUGAGAAUCAGGCAGCGCACUUCGAGGCACGUGUUAUUCCAGUUGGAGAUCCCAAACUUAGGGUAGAAUGGCUACGUAAUGGUGUUCCUAUUUCAGCUUCAAAUCGUGUAACAACUAUGCACGACUUUGGAUACGUUGCCUUAAAUAUGAAGUAUGUCAAUCCUGAAGACUCGGGUACUUACACGUGCCGUGCCACAAAUGAACUUGGAGAAGCAGUUACUUCAGCAACAUUAUUUGUUCAAUCCAAGGCAGCCUUGCAGUUUGAAUCACAACACGAGGGCGCUUUAUCGAAACUCCAAGCCUUGGAAGAUACUACAAAAUAUCAACGACGUGAGGAAGAAGAAAUCGUGGUAAAAGACAAGCCAUCCUUUACGGUGCAAUUGAAUGGACCUACAAAUCUAAUCGAAGGUCAAAGCGCACAUUAUGAGUGUCGCAUAGAACCUUAUCCCGAUCCUAACAUGAAAGUGGAAUGGUUCCAUAAUGGUAAACCAUUAUCCACCGGUCACAGGUACAGAACUAUCUGUGAUUUUGGAUUCGCAUCGUUGGACGUAUUGACCGUAUAUGCUGAAGAUUCGGGCACAUAUACUUGCCAAGCCACCAAUAAAUUGGGAUCGGCGAAGAGCUCGAUUAAUCUUGAUGUAAAGUCUCGAGCAUCAAUUAUUCGUGACACGCAGCAUGAAAGCGCAUUAAAAAAGAUACAAUACCUCGAAGAUGAUUCAAGAUAUAAACGUGUGAUGGAAGAAGAUACGAUUAUCGCCGAGAAACCCACUUUUGGACGACCAUUGAAGAAUAUUGAACAUCUCCCAGAAGGCAAAAGCGCUCAUCUCGAAGCUACACUGACUCCCGUAAACGAUCCGACAAUGAUUGUUGAAUGGUUUAGAGAUGGACGUCCGAUUCCUCAGGGACAUAAAUUUAAAACGACCUACGAUUUUGGAUAUGUUGCUCUCGAUAUUCUUUAUGCUUAUCCUGAAGAUUCGGGUACUUAUAUGUGCAAAGCAAAGAACGCCAUUGGCGAAGCAGUCACUACUUGCGUGAUCAGCGUAGACUCAAAACAAGGUUUAUAUCUCGAUACGUUGGAUGCGCAACGUCUGCAAAAGAUUCGCGAAUUGGAAACUAUCGAAGUUAAAGAAGAAGUUGAAAAGGAGAUCAUUCAUCAAAAACCUAUAUUUUUGACACCAUUGAACAAUCUGGAUCACACACACACACACACACACACACACACACACACCAAAUAAUUAUAUUAGUCUAUCGAUUAAAUAUUUGAAUAUACUGUUUAAUUUAAUAGGUUUGUCAAUGGAGUUGCAAUUAAAACUGGUCAUCGCUUCCGUACAACACAUGAUUUUGGUUAUGUGGCUCUUGAUAUUCUUUAUACCUAUCCUGAAGAUUCUGGUACUUACAUGUGUAAAGCAACCAAUUUGGCUGGAGAAGCCGUUAAUACUUGCACUAUCAAAGUUAGCUCCCGGCGAAGCAUCCUUCUGGAUACUCAACAUCCAGAUGGUUUAGAAAAAAUUCGAGAAUUAGAGGCCCAAGGUCAUCCUGCGCGAUUGGAGAUCGAAGAACCACCAGUAACACCACCAAGAUUUAUCACUGAACUUAGGGGCACAACUGAAGUAUACGAGGGACAAACAGCUCACUUUGAGUGUCAAGUAGAACCUUUGCAUGACGCAAAUUUAAGAAUUGAAUUUUUCCAUAAUGGUAAACCAUUACCAUCGGCAGCCCGUUUCCAUGUGACUUUUGAUUUUGGGUAUGUUGCUUUGGACAUUGGUCAUGCCGUACCUGAAGAUGCAGGACAAUAUUCUGUACGAGCGAUCAACACGCUAGGACAAUGCGUAUCAUCAAUCGAGCUCAAGGUAAUCCCACGAGAUAAUAUUAUUCUGGAUUCCCAACGUCCCGAAGGAAUGGACAAAAUCCGGGAACUUGAAGCCCAACAGCCAUGGAAGAGACCAGAUGUACCAGAGCCUCAAACUCGACAACGACCGGUCUUCACUCAACCUUUGCAAAAUAUUGACAAUAUUGCCGAAGGUCAUACUGCACAUUUCGAAUGCAGACUUAUACCCGUGGGUGAUCCUAUGCUCAAAGUGGAAUGGUUCAGAAAUGAAGUGCCUCUUGAAACAAGUUCGCGGAUUACAAAAGUGCAUGACUUUGGCUAUGUAUCUCUGGAUAUUGCUCAUGUGCGUGAUGAAGAUGAAGGCGUUUAUAUGUGUCGUGCUUCUAAUCCGUUGGGUGAAGCAGUUACCACGGCUUCAAUGAAAAUUAAAACUAAGGCGAGCAUACAAUUAGAUACUCAACAUCCCGAGGCACAACGUAAAAUCGCUCAGCUGGAAGCCAAAGAGACUGGACGACCCGAGGAACCGGAAAAGAUUUUCGAUAAACCGAUUUUCACGCAAUUGCUAACUGGACCAACUGAACUUUGGGAAGGACAAAUGGCGAGAUACGAAUGUAGGGUCGUUCCCGUUGGUGAUGCGAGUUUAAAAUUUGAGUGGUAUAUGAACGGAAUAGAAUUAAAAAUGGGAUCACGUUUCCAUGUGAAUCACGAUUUUGGAUAUGUAACAUUAGACAUUCUAAAAGUUAUCCCUGAAGACUCUGGAGUUUACACUUGCAAAGCGAUUAACAAUGCUGGAGAAGCAGUGUCAUCGAUUUCUCUGAAAGUAAAAGCGCGUUCAGCUAUCGAUUCCGAUAGCAUACAAGCGGACGCGUGGCAGAAGAUUCAAUUGAAAGAAGCAGAAAUGAAUAAAGUGCCGGAAAUGUUUGUUGAUACAACACCGCAGCAAGCGCCAGUUUUCACUAAACAUCUCGAGAGUUUCGACAAAUUGAUAGAGGGCCAACGUGUCUAUUUAGAAGCUCAAGUGGAACCGCGGGCGGAUCCUAACUUGAGGGUAGAAUGGUUCAAAAAUGGUAUAUCUCUUCAAACUGGAACGAGGCUUCGUAGUACGUUUGAUUUUGGUCUAGUAACUUUGUCGAUUAAUGGCCUAAGACCCGACGAUUCCGCAAUUUACACGUGUAAGGCGACUAAUCUUUUGGGAGAAGCCGUAUCGACUUGUAGUUUAAAAAUUGCCGAUCGUCAUUGGUUAUUGGGAGAUACUUUGCAUCCCGACGCUCUCUCAAAAAUUGAUGCUUUGGAACAGCCACAAAUAAUAUCUACCGAACAACCAGAACCUACUUAUGAAGAACCGGUUUUCAUCACUCACUUAAAUAAUGUGGAAUGCAUCGAGGGUGAUAACGCUCAUUUUGAAUGCAACGUAGAACCAUCAAAAGACCCGACUAUGAAGAUUGAAUGGUUCUUGAACAGUAAACCUUUACCGAUUGGUGCGAGAUUCAAGAGCACUUACGACUUUGGUUACGUAGCUCUGGACUUGACUCACGCUUACGAAGAAGAUUCGGGCGUGAUUACGGUUAAAGCUACGAAUUCAAAGGGAAGCGCACAGACAUCAGGUACUUUGAAAUGCACUAGCAAGCAAAAUAUUUAUCUUCAAACGCAACAUCCGCAAGGAGAAGCCGGAUUUGAGAAAGUGAAAGAGGCUGAAGAUGCUUAUCUAUCGAAAUAUAAGAAACCGGAAGAUAGUCCUGAGCACGAAUAUCCUAAGCCGAUCUGGACGGUUCCUCUCCAGUCUGAGUUUAAAUUAGGAGAGUCCGAACCAUUACAUCUAGAAGGACAAGUUGAACCAAAAGAUGAUCCCAAUUUAAAAAUUGAAUGGUACUUUAACGGGAAACCUUUAGAGCAUGGUUCACGUUUUAAAAUGACUAGCGACUUUGGAUUUGUUACUUUAGACUUAACGGAUGUUUAUGAGCGUGAUUCUGGCAUUUACACAUGCAAAGCCUAUAACAAGGCAGGGGAAGCCUUUACUUCAACAACAGUUUAUUGUUCCACGAAAGAAAAUAUCAUAGAAAAGUCACAGCAUCCCAAAGGUAAGGAAGGUCUCGAAGCAAUUCAAGAUCUGGAGGAAUCAUUGAAACGACAAGAAGGUAUUUCACCAGGAGAGGAAGAAGGUCAACCACCAAUGUUUACAUCACAAUUUGAGAAUCUGAGCAAUCUCUCAGAAGGAGAAAUUGCUCACUUUGAAGCAUCUCUCAUUCCCACUGGUGAUCAAACUAUGGUAGUUGAGUGGUUUUAUAAUGGCAAAUCUUUAGAAGCUAGUCAUCGCACGAGAACCGUUUAUGCUUUUGGCAUGGUUGUCCUUGAGGUUCUCGGCACUAAAAUAGAAGAUUCAGGUACUUACACUUGUAGGGCCACUAACAAGUGGGGUAAAGCAGAAAUUAGUGUACAAUUAGAAUGUAUCGAUAAAUCCAAGGGCCAGAAACCUAAAUUCACAACUCAGAUUCAAUCCUUGGAGGGUCUGAAAGAUGGUCAAUCAGCUCAUUUCGAGUGUACUCUAAUCCCAGUGGGUGAUCCUCACAUGAAAGUCGAGUGGUUCCACAAUGGAAAACCUCUACGGCACUCGUCACGUUUCAAAAUGGUCUCUGAUUUUGGCUUCGUAGUUAUGGAUAUUGCUGGUGUGAUGUCUCAUGAUAGCGGGGAAUACGUUUGCAAAGCUAGCAAUAAAUACGGAGAGGAUUAUACAAAAGCCUCGAUCAAAUGCUUUGGCAAGAGCGGAGUUUACUUAGAUUCCCUGCAACCGGACUCGCUAGCUAGAAUCCGAGAGCUUGAGAGUUAUGCCGGAGAACAAGCAACUACACCUACGACUCCCAUUGCCGAACCACCAAAAUUCAUUACGCAAAUUGUUGACAUCACGAAACUAAUAGAAGGACAAUCCGCACACUUUGAGGCGAAACUGACUCCAGUGAAUGAUCCUGACUUGAAAGUCGAGUGGUAUUAUAAUGGCAAGAAACUUCCACAUGGUCAUCGAUAUCGCACUUUUCAUGACUUUGGUAUCGUUAUCUUAGACAUACUUUAUUGUUACGAAGAGAAUUCCGGAGUUUAUGAAUGUAAAGCUGUUAAUAAGUACGGCGAAGAUUCAACAAGAGCAAUGCUCAAAUGCUUCUCUAAGGCUAAUCUUGUUUUGGAAUCCCAACUUCCUAAGGGCAUGGAAGGUGGCCUAGAAAAAAUUCAAAAUCUUGAAGACUCGAUGAUACGUACAAAGGACGAAAAGAUUAUAGAAGAACGUGGCAAGGCUCCCAUGUUCACUGUACCUUUAAGUAACAUUGAUGGCCUACGAGAAGGAGAGAGCGCGCAUUUCGAAGCACGACUAAUUCCCACAGAUGACCCAAAACUAAAAGUCGAAUGGUUCUGGAAUGGUAAACCAUUGCGAACAGGAUCUCGCUUCCGCACCUUUUGCGAUUUUGGUUUCGUCAUUUUAGAGAUCUCUCCCAUCUAUCCAGAGGACUCUGGAGAAUAUAGUUGCAGAGCGACAAAUGACUAUGGCGAGGCGGUGACAACAUGCACAAUGAAAUGUACAGGCAAACGUAGUAUUAUUCUGGAAUCUCAAUUACCUAAGGGUAUGGAAAGUACGAUUGAUAAGAUCGCCGAGUUGGAAGGUCUUGGAGCUGUUCCUGGUCAGAUUAGUCCCGAGGAUGAUACUGGAAGACCACCAGAGUUCAUCACGACUCCUUCUGAUUUGACUUUAGCUGAAAAUUCUCUUGCUCACUUCGAAUGCCGAUUACAGCCAAUUAACGAUUCCAGUAUGAGAGUUGAAUGGUUUCACAAUGGCAAGCCUCUUCUUGCUGGUAGUAGAGUCAAAACAAUUCAUGACUUUGGUUUCGUUAUUCUGGAAGUCGCAAAUUGCUAUCAACGCGAUUCUGGUUUAUACACCUGUAAAGCUACCAAUCGUCACGGUGAAGCCACGGUAUCGUGCAAACUUCAAGUUCGCGGACGUCAAGGUAUUAUCCUGGAGCCUCAGUUACCGAGCAAUUUUAAGACUGGUACAGAAAGUAUUCAGAAAUUGGAAGAGUCCUUAUAUAAGAAAGAUGAAAUUUUGGCGGAGGAAGAAACACCAAAUCCACCAAGAUUUAUCGUCGAACUUAAAGAUAUCGAAGUUGAAGAAGCUGGACCGAGUCACUUCGAUUGUAGAGUUGAACCUGUGGGUGAUCCCACUAUGCGUAUUGAUUGGUUCCACAAUGGACGGCCUUUUGCAACAGGCUCUCGGGUUCAUCAGAUUAAUGAUUUUGGAUUUAUAUCAUUGGAUAUGUCAUACACGUAUGCACGAGAUAGCGGUGAAUAUGUCUGCAGAGCUACUAAUAAAUGGGGCACUGCUACUACCAAAGCUACCAUCACUUGCAAAUCCAAGAAGACAAUAGAUUUUGACUCUCAAUUGCCAAUGGGAAUGAGCGGUGAGAAGCUAAAAGAAUUAGAGCGAGGACCAGUCUCUCAAGCUCCUGCGGAAGAAGCACCGCGACAACCACCUCAUUUUAUCACUCAAAUUCAAUCAACAACAGUCGACGAGGGUGAACCAGUUAGAUUUGAAUGCCGUGUGGAGCCCAAGGAGGAUCCGAAUCUACGUAUCGAAUGGUACAGAAAUGGUAAAUUGAUACCCGCCGGGCACAGAUACAGAACGGUUUACGACAUGGGAUUUGUGUCGAUGGAUAUCUUAUAUGUUUAUCCCGAGGAUUCUGGUGAAUAUGUUUGCAAGGCUAUUAAUGAUCUUGGAGAAGAUAUUACUCGAGCUGCUGUAUCUUGCAAAAAAUUACCAAGUAUCAUUUUGCAAAAUCAAGUACCAAAAGGUAUGAAAAGAUCUGAAGCCUUGAUGCAAAUGGAAGCAACAAUUAAGAAGUAUACUUCCGAAAUUCAUUUAACUGAGGAUGAUUUGUAUGACGCGGACAAAAAGCAGCCCCCUAGAUUUGUCACACAAAUUCAAGAUCAAACCGAUCUUAUUGAAAUGAAUAGCACCAAGUUUGAGUGUCAAUUGGCGCCCGUGGGUGAUCCAAAUAUGAAAGUCGAAUGGUUCUUCAAUGGGAAACCAUUACCUCAUAAGAAUCGAUUUACUCCUAUUUAUGACUUUGGUUAUGUAGCAAUGAAUUUUGGUUGGGUUUAUCCAGAAGAUAGUGGCGAGUAUCUGUGCAGAGCUACAAAUCUUUAUGGAAUGGACGAAACCAGGGCCAUAAUUAGAACUGCGGGAAAACCUGGAAUUAUUUAUGAAUCUCAACUUCCAAAAGGCAUGAAGAGCAUCGAAAAAAUCAGAGAAAUGGAAGCAGCAUGGCAAAUAGUGCCCGAAGAGGAAGGCGAAGAGGAAAAAGUACGCUCGGCGCCAAUUUUUGUAAGUAAACCAGAAGCGGUAACCGUCGAAGAAGGUGAUUGGUCUAGAUUCUGCUGUCGAGUUACUGGACAUCCAAGACCUCGAGUUAUGUGGAUAAUUAAUGGACAUACAGUAGUCAAUGGGUCGCGUUAUAAAUUGACAUACGACGGCAUGUAUCAUCUGGAUAUACCAAAGACUAGACAAUACGACCAUGGUAAAGUGGAAGUAAUUGCAAGGAGUUCUGUUGGUGAAGCACGUACAGAAACGACUUUAACUGUCAAACAGAGAAGCGACGACUACCGGGGUGUAUUGAAAAAUUCACCAAGACCUUGGUACGAUUAUGGCCUAACACAGUAUCAAACCGAACGACAAAAUACAGAAUUGGAGCGCGUGUUCGACGAACGUCACCAAAGCGUUUCCCAAGGAAUCGAAAUUGCCACCGAGCAUCUUGGUCCUAAAGUUAUCAAAGAACCUGAGACUGAAUGGCAAAAAUCUGUAAAGAGUAAGAAAAAUGAAGAUUAUUAUAAUAAGCUGAUGAAUCUUGAAGAAGAACAAAUGCUCAAAGAGACUAGAUUAAGGGAAGCUUCGCAUCAGUUUGCUAUUCCCGGCGACAAGGUUGUUGCACAUUCCUUAGCAAAGGGAAUGGCCCAAAAGUAUGAAGAAAGUUUGGAGGAACAACCUCAGCAAGAAUCGGUACAACCACCUCCGAAAUACAUAAAAAAACCGUUUGUCACCGAGAUAGAUAUAGAUACAGAACGCGUUAAAACUUCGGGAAAAUAUCCACCAGAACCAUCUGAAUCCACAGUUCAUGGCCGUGAAGUUCACGUUGCUAAACAAAAACAGACACAAAAGGAGGUCAAAGGUGACGUAGAAAUAACGAGAAAAAUUACAGCAACGGAAACUACGGAAGUAGAACAUAAAGCAAAAACGCAGGAACGUGUAGUGCAAGGUCAAGUCAAACCUGCCAAGCCGCCAAUUUUUACGAAGAAGAUUCAACCCUGUAGAGCGUUUGAGCAAGAACAAGCUAAAUUUGAAGUCGAAUUUGAUGGCGACCCAUUACCGACUAUCAAAUGGUAUCGCGAAGAUUUUCCUAUACAAAAUUCUGCUGAUCUACAAAUUUAUACUUUUAGCACCAAAUCGGUAUUAAUUAUCAGACAAGUUUUUAUGGAAGACUCUGGUGUCUUUUCCGUUAUUGCUGAAAAUAGAGGAGGCAAAGCCAAAUGUAGUGCCAACUUAGUCGUAGAGGAACGCAGAAGACAGCCUGGGCGAGGUGGCACGAUACCACCUAGUUUCUUAUCCACGAUUCAAUCCACUUCUGUAGCUACUGGACAACUUGCUAGAUUCGAUGCCAAGAUUACCGGCACUAAACCGCUGGAUGUUUACUGGCUUAAGAAUGGUAAAAAAGUAACAGCGGAUAUCCGUUAUAAAACUUUGGAAGAAGAUAAUAUUUAUACACUACUGAUUCUGGAGACAGUACCAGAAGAUACUGCCAAGUACGAAUGUGUUGCGAUUAACAGUGCCGGAGAAGCGCGUUGCGAAGCAGAGUGCACCGUUCGUGGACCUCAAUCUCUAACAAAGAUUGUAAAACCAACAACGCCAACAAUAGAAAAAGCGCCAACUGUUCUGGAACCAUUAAAGGAUCAAACCAUUAAGGAAGGAACUUCCGUCGCUUUCGCCUGCAGGAUUAUAGGAAAGCCUGUUCCUACUGUGCAAUGGAAAAAAGCUGAUAAGGUAAUCAAACCAUCAAAGUACUUCCAAAUGCAGAAAGAAGACGAUUUUUAUACUCUGAGAAUUUCUGAGGCGUUCCCUGAAGAUGAAGGUGUUUAUAAAUGCAUUGCAAAAAAUCCGGCUGGUGAAAUUAUGACAUCUGCCAACCUCAGAGUACUCGCACCUGACACAGCUGAUGUUCUGCCAAAAUUAACACCUUUAAAGGAUCAAAUAGUGGUAGAAGGACAGCCGGCUCAAUUUAAGACUCAAGUGAGUCCGACAAAGCCUAAACCGACGAUUCAAUGGUAUCGAGAAGGUGCCUUAAUCCCACAGUCACCAGAUUUUCAGAUGAUUCAUGAAGGCAACAAUGCGGUGUUACUGAUAGCAACUACCUACGAGGAGGAUACUGGCACCUUCACUUGCCGCGCUACGACAUCUGCCGGUACCGUAGAAACAUCCGCCAAACUCAUCGUCAAAAAGAGAAAAGAAGCCUAUUAUGCGGUUCCCGCGGAAACGGAUGCUAAUAUCGAAGUAGAUACAAAACUUGGUCAAGAACUUGGUUCAAAAGAAGAUAUAGUUCUGAAAUCAUUAGCUUUCGGCGAAAAUGAUUUACCACUUGAAACAUAUUUUCAACCAGGUGAUGAAUCGCUGCCUUGGAGAAAGGGACGUGUUCAACUUCGACAUAAAACUCGCGAUUCACUUCCAUGGCAGAAAAUAAAAACAAAAUCAAGAGAUUCUUCUUUGGAUAAACUUCGAGUUUUCGAGAGUCAAAUAAAACCGUGGACCGAGGAAGAAGUAACUUUGAAGAAAAUUCCCCGAAUUGUUAAGGAUGUAGCAAAAGAAAAGUUGGAAGAAAUUGAUUUGAAGCCGACAAAGAUUGAGAAGAAGGACAUCCAUGGACUUAAUGGAGAAACAAUUAAAUUGAAAUCCGUACCAAAAGAUAAAACAAAGGCCAAAGAACAUGUUACCGACGAUACUGUGACUGAACUUUAUAAAGAGGAAGUGGAUGCUAGUCUGUUAAAAACAUCGCGUCGUUUAGAUGAAACUGUGUCAAAGAAAGAAAAAAAUGAGGAAUCAAAAUGGAAAAAGGAGGAAAUUAUUUCGAAGAAAAUAAAACCAAAGACAAAAAUAACUUCUGAAGUGGAUGUUGUAGAUAAAAUAAAUUUUCUCGAACAAGAGGAUAGUUCUUUGCUCACAAUGUCAAAAGACGAAAAAAUACAAAAAAUAAAAAAAGAAAAACCUGUCAUAGAAAAAAUAAAACAACCCAAGCCUUGGAUGGAAGAAAAAAUUGCUUUGAAAAAAGCAAAACCUAUCCAAAAAGAAGUCCAAAAAGAGACUAUAGAAACAGUAGAUUUAAAAUCAUCUAAAGUCACUAAACCAACGCUCCAAAAACAAAGUUUAGAAAAGGUAGAUCUAAAAUCUGUUACAAAAGAAGAGACGGAAAUUAAUAUAUGUUCAAAAUAUGUUGAACAGGAAGAUACUACAUUACUUCAAGUUUCAACUGAUACACAUGAUGUUACUAAAUUAAAACCAUCAAAACCACAUACAAAUGAAAAAUUAAUACAAGAAGAAAAAAUCGAUGAUAAAAACAUGAUUACAUAUAAGGAAGAAGAAGAUACUGUUUUGCUUAAAGUUAUAUCAGAGCGCGAAACUACAAUCAAUGAUAAAAAAAUAAGCAAGAGAAAGGAAAUACCACAAGAAAAAUUACAGUCAAAAUCAUGGACGGAAGAGAAAAUAAUUUUAAAGAAAACAAAACCAGAAUUAAAAGAAAUACAUAAAAAGACUCACGAGAAAAUAUUAUUGAAACCAGUAUCAAUGACAGACAAAGAAAUAAUGAAAAAAAAAUUAGUUGAAAAAGUUGAUUUGGAACAAGUUAAAACCAAAGGUCCACAAUUAACUGAAAAGAUGCUAUAUCACGAAGAGGAAGAUAAAAUUAUUGUCGAAGUGGACAAAGAUGUUGAAUCAAUUAGAAAUAUGAGAGGCGAAGAAAAGUUUGUGAAAAGAAUGCCAUAUGUCGAAAAGGAAGACACUACAAUAUUAAAUACCAAAACAAUCGAUAGUAUAAUCGAAAGAUCUAAAAAAGAAGUAUUAAUACCAUGGAUUAGGGGCAAAAAGGAAAAAGAAAAGAAAGAAGAUCAAAGAAUAAAAUUAUUACAAUCAACUAAACCUGAAGUUAAAUCGGAAGAGGAUAGAUCUACAGAGAUUUCAGAAAUUCCGUGGCGUCGUAAAUCAAAAUCAUUGACAAUUCAAAAAAUUCCAGAAAUUCAACUUGUUGAAACAAAAUCUGAAGAACAGGCAAAUUUAUUAUUAUGGAAGCAAGAUGAAAAAUCAUCUACCUUUAAUAUUAUAGUUCCAGACAAAUUGGAAGAAUCAAUACAACCCGAUAGCAAAGAAGUUUCUGAAAUAACAUGGCAAAAACCUGAGAAAAGCAAAACGGUCUCAAAGGAAACGUUAAAACCAGAAGUGAUAUCUGAAAAAGUAGAUGACAUUAUUAAUGAAGAUGUAUUUACAGAAAGAAUGGAUUUACCAUGGAAACGUGCAGGAAAAUCAAUACAAGCUGGAGAAAAGCUAGAAGAUGUAAAAUUAAUUAAACAAAAAGCAAAAGAAACAAAACCUGAAGACGUCAUAUUAAAACCUGAAACAGAAUUUCCAAAAGACAAGGAGAAAAAGGAAGAAAUUACAUUAAAAUCGUUCAAGAGAGAAAAACCAAAGCAAAAACCUGAAGAAGUACGAUUGAAACCAAUGAGAAGAAUAGAAAAAUCUGAAGAACCAAAAUCAGAAGAAGUCAUAUUAAAACCUGUGAAAAAGCUUCCAAAAGAGGAAGAAACAAAGGAGGAAAUUACUUUAAAACCAUUCAAGAGAGACAAACUGGAAGAAAAAUCUGAAAAGGUACGACUGAAACCAUUCAAGAAGAAAAAACCAGAGCAAAAACCUGAAGAAGUACGAUUAAAGCCAGUGAGAGGAAUAGAAAAACCUGAAGAAUCAAAACCCGAAGAAGUCGUACUAAAACCUGUAAAGAAACUUCCCAAAGAAGAAGAGACAAAAGAGGAAAUAACUUUAAAACCAUUCAAAAGAGAAAAACCGGAGCAAAAACCUGAAGAGGUACAAUUGAAACCAAUGAGAGGAAUAGAAAAACGUGAAGAAUCAAAACCCGAAGAAGUCGUACUAAAACCUGCAAAGAAACUUCCCAAAGAAGAAGAGACGGAAGAGGAAAUAACUUUAAAACCAUUCAAAAGAGAAAAACCGGAGCAAAAACCUGAAGAGGUACAAUUGAAACCAGUGAGAAGAAUAGAAAAACCUGAAGAAUCAAAACCCGAAGAAGUCGUACUAAAACCUGCAAAGAAACUUCCCAAAGAAGAAGAGACGAAAGAGGAAAUAACUUUAAAAUCAUUCAAAAGAGACAAACCGGAGGAGAAAUCUGAAGAGGUAUUAUUGAGACCAGUGAAAAGAAUAGAGAAACCUGAAGAACCAAAAUCUGAAGAAGUCGUAUUAGAAUCUGUAAAAAAGCUACCUAUACAGGAAGAAGAAACAGUUAUCUCAAAACCAAUAGAAGAGGCAAAAUCCAAAGAAAUAAAAUUAGAAUCAGUUUCAACAGUAACAGACAGAAUAGAGGAUAAAUUUGAAGAAAAAUCGACAGAUGUAACAACUCCAUGGCGACGUAGUAAACGAACAAAAAAAGUCGUUGAUUUUAGAGAAGAAGUUACAGUAGUACCCAUUGAUCAAGAAGAAUCCGUUACAGGGAUUCGUGAUGAAAAAGAGACAAUCAUAAUUUCUUCCGAAGAUACUCAGGAUUUAACUAAAAGUAAAUUGAAACUUAUAUCAUUACCUCAUAAAGAAGAUAGAAUGAUGGAGGAGAUGGUUGCAUCAAAAGAAAUUUCAUGGAGAAAGAAGAAACAUGAAUCUGUUAAAAUAAAAGAAGAAAAAGAAACAGUUGUAUUAAGGCCUGUUGAAAAAUUAUCUGAGGAUAUUGAAAUAAAGCAAGUGGAUAAAGAAGAAAGAUCAGAAGAAAUAUUCAGGGACGAUGAAGUAACUGAAUUAAAACCCAUACAAUUUGCGGAACAAAUAGCUGACAUUUUGGAAGAGAAACAUGAAGAUGUUAUUAAGUCGAUUAAGACAAAAUCUAAAAUUAAAGAAAUUAUACCCAAAGAAGUUAUUACUACUAUUGAUGAAAAAGAAAAUGUAGGAGAUGUCAAGUUACACGGUAAAAUAGAUAUGACACAAAUGGAAGACUAUAAAAGAAAACGCAAACAACAAACUCAAGUUGACAUAUCAAUUAUAGACAAGGACAAAACUAUUGCUCCUAGAUUUAUUCAAAAGUUACAACCUGUUAUUGCUGAAUUGAAGAAUCCUGCUAAAUUUACAUGUACUGUUAUAGGAAACCCAUUUCCUGAAAUUUCUUGGUAUAAAAAUGAGCAAGAACUACAUGCGAGCGAAAGAUAUACUAUGACUAUAUUUGAGACAACAGCAACAUUAGAAAUUACGAAAGUCAAAGAAGAAGAUGCUGGAAUGUAUUCUUGUAGAGCAUCCAAUCCAGCUGGCGUUGCAACAUCCACUGUCAAUCUUGUGAUAUUCGAAAAAGAAGAAGAAGGCAUAGCACCACAUUUCUCAACUCCAAUCAAACCACUAAUGAUCGAAGAACAUACACCUGCCUUAUUGGAAUGUGUUGUAACCGGUGUACCAGUUCCUGAAGUGAAAUGGUAUCGUGGCGAGAAAGAAAUUAAACCAAAUGAAAGAAUCAAGAUGACUUUUAAUCCAACAACUGGAGAAGCUAAGCUAAAAAUAUUAGAACCUGUACCUGAAGACGAAACAAUUUAUCGUGUUCGUGCUGUAAAUAAAUAUGGCCGCGCUGAAUGCAGGACUAAUUUGGUGAUCAGUAACAUUGUUAAAGUGAGCAAACCAGCUGUUCUCAGAGCACCGCGAAUUACACGACCUUUACUUGCUCUGAUAGCUGAGCAUGGAAAACCUCUAAAACUUCUAGCUGAUUUUGAGGGUAUACCGAAGCCAGAAGUCAAGUGGUUCCGUAACGGCAUUGAAAUUACACCGACUGACAAAUACAAGAUAAAUAUUUACGAUAAUACAGCUGAAUUAAAUAUAAAUGAGGUAGCAAAAAAGGAUACAGGUAAAUAUGAAAUAAGAGUUCAGAAUAAAGCUGGCGAAGCAAGAAGCUCGAGUUCCGUUACCAUUAAAGAACGAAAAGAUACUACAAGUGAAGUGAAAGCACCAAUGUUUACGAAAUCGAUUCAGCCCCAACUUGUUGCAGAAGGAGAAGUUGUCAUCAUGGAAACAGGAGUGGAAUCAUAUCCGGCAGCAUCCUUUCAAUGGUUCCACGAAAGCAAACCUCUUGAGUCAACACCGCAGGUAAGAAUCGUAACUCAAGAGAAUCGAUCAAUUUUGAUGGUAAAAGAAGUUACACCGGAACUUGCUGGUAGUUACACCUGUCGUGCUGAAAACGUCGGUGGCUCGGUUACUUGUACGGCCACCGUUAAUUUGACAGAAACAGCAUGGGAAGAGGCAAUAGAAUUAAUUUCACCAACAUUCGUUAAAAGACUGUCACCCGUAAGAGUUAUGGACGGAGAGAGUGUUAACUUAACUUGUGUUGUUGAAGGAAAACCAACGCCUAGAGUAGAUUGGUAUCACAAUAAUAAAUCAAUUAAAGAAGGCAAAGAAAUUGUAAUUGUUCAGGACAUAGAGGGUAUUUGUAGCUUAUCUAUUAGCGAAGUAUUUCCAGAGGAUGCUGGAGAAUAUACUUGUCGUGCUAUUAAUCCUAUUGGUGAGGCUGUUUGUACAUCAUCACUCGUUGUUGAAGCAUACGAGUACGUACCUGACUCGGAAAUUGCAUCUUCGGUAAUCGCGACAUCCCUUACUACGGGACAAAGCGAAUCUGAAGAAGAUCUUUUAUCUCCGAAAGAAAUUCCUAUCUUCGACACUGAUAUAGAAGAAUCUGCACCAGAGAUAAUCAAAAAACUUCCUCAGUUAGUUCCUAUCAAAGAUGGGGAAUUAACUAGAUUGGAAGUAAAAAUGAAAGGCAAACCAAAACCGAAAGGAAAAUGGUAUAAACAGGGCGUAGAAAUUGUCUCAUCACAAGAAUUCCAAAUCGAGGAAUUUGAAGACGGUACAUCAGUAUUGACGAUCGCUGAAACCUUCCCCGAUGACACUGGCGAAAUUAUAUUCGAAGCUCAUAAUCCACUCGGUGUAUCAACCACGACGGCGUAUUUAUCAGUAGAAGGUAUACUCGGAACAAAAGAGUACCGAAAACCAGAAUGGGUUACACAAAUGGAAGAAAUGCAAGAGGCUUUAAAAGGUAAGAUUGGUUUCAUCGUCUGAACAAUUGAUAGCAUGUUGAAUGAUGCAGAGUGCAGUUUUUCAAGUGACAGUCUAGAUAACAUUAAAAAAUAAGAAUUCUCAAAGGGAUAACUCAACUAUGACUAGUGAAUUUUCGUUAAAUAAAAACUUUGAUAAACAUUGGCGACAAUGCCAGAUUGCCUCUAGAUGGAAAUAAAAAUUCUUCAAAAGAAUACUUUCUAUCAAGAGGAUAUUCGAAUUCUAUGGAAGCUUACUAAGAAUAGUAACUAUUCCUGUGAUACAAUACUCCUAUCAGAUUGAUUCAGUAGGACGAUUCAGUAGAAGAAAAGAAGCAAGAGAAAAGAUAUGUUAGGCGUAAAUAUUCUUCAUAUAUAACAUCAUUGAUGAGUGAAAGCAACACAUUUAUCAAAUUUACGAUAAAUAAUACAGUAAAACAAGAUUUUCUGCCAAAAAAAAA